CCGUCAUUCAUUUUGUCCACCAGGGAGGUUGCAUUCGGAAGGGGGCAAGUCAAUGCCUUCAACACUUUCUGACCAAUAUUCGAAGAAAACCAGACGAGAGAAAUAAGUAGCUGGACUCAACAGCACCAGGCUGGCUGAAAGUUGCGACAUCCCAUCUCUCCCACACUGUUGCACCCUUGCGUCUAUUCGCGUCUAUUCCAUCCGACACUGGUGACCAUCAUGAUGCAUUUGUCUUAUAUCUCCCUCAUUCUGAGCGCUGCGCUCACCGCAGCCAACGCGCAGAGCGCCGGCAAAUGUCCGACGCCAGUCGUGGUCCUGGACCCGAACAGCCAGCCGCACUGCUGCCCGUCUGGAUACCAGCACAACGGGGUGGACUGCGUGGCCUGCGUCCCGCCCGACCUUUACUACAACCCGCGCACGCAGAAAUGCGAGAAGCCCUCGUGCCCGGACGGGCAGGUGUUCUUCUGGUCGCUGAACGCCUGCGACCACACCGACCGCUGCAAGCCGUGGGGGUACUACAACGGCCGCGACUGCGCGCCCAACCCGUACUGCCCGGACGAUUGGUACUGGGAUCCGCUCAAGCUGAAAUGUGCCCCGACCCCCUGCCAGCACGGGCAGGUGUACCUCGCCCACCUCGACAAGUGCGAGGAGAAGGCUUUCUGCGAUCCCGACGAGAACCAGGUCUACCUGCCCUUCGAGAACCGCUGUGAGACCUGCCGCCCGGACGAGUAUCCGAGCCCCACGGGCUGCCAGCUGCGUCCGGGCUGUCUGUACCCGGAGUACUACUACCAGGGCCCGGACAAGGGCUGCGCCCCCUGCGCCGACCCCAACACCUUCUGGAACGGCAGGGAGUGUGAGAAGCUGCCCGACUGCCUGCCGACCCAGCACCGCGUGGGCCGCGUCUGCGUGGACAACGACUGCAAGGUCGGAACCUACUGGGACAAAAAAAAGCUCCAGUGCCUUCCCGUGAAGCCCUGUGAGAUCGGCUGGAUCUUUGACGGCGUCGAGGACUGCAUUCCGAUCGAGUAUCCCCCGGAUGGUGGGCCCAUUUGCUACGUCAAGUGUGAUCGCGCCGGCCCGCUCGGCAAGAAAUAAAUGUUAGCAUGCAUGCAUGCAUGCGCAUGCUCUCUCUGGCGAUGGUCCUCGACCGCAUGAUGCGCCGGGAAUGGCUCAUUCUAUUCUCCAGGGAAGAGAGGGUGUUGAUGUGGAUGCUUGGGGAAUGUACUGGUGUGGAGUGGACAGAGCUGCUGGAAGGGUGCUUGGGAACGGCUAGCAGUAGUUGUACAAGUCAUCUUUUAUGUGACCACAAAAAAUUGAGAAGACCACUAUACUGCAGAGGCAUCCGGCUCGUAGCAUCAAAUCCCUACAUCUUUGUACACGGG